GAUUGGUUGGUUGCGGUCUAUGGAGUUGGCGCCAUUGCAAGCCGUCGUGCAGUCUUCAGAGCGCUCUUCCUAAGAACACGCUCUUUCAGUACUAACUAUCUUACUGAGACGCAAUGGCUGAUAAAGACGCUGCGUUUGACGAUGCUGUGGAGGAGAGGGUGAUCAAUGAGGAGUACAAGAUCUGGAAGAAGAACACUCCUUUCCUGUAUGAUCUGGUUAUGACCCAUGCCCUGGAGUGGCCCAGCCUCACCGCCCAGUGGCUGCCUGAUGUCACCAGGCCAGAGGGGAAAGACUACAGUGUACACAGGCUGGUUUUGGGGACACACACUUCUGAUGAGCAGAACCACCUUGUGAUUGCAAGUGUUCAGCUUCCAAAUGAUGAUGCCCAGUUUGAUGCUUCACACUAUGACAGUGAGAAAGGAGAGUUUGGGGGUUUUGGAUCUGUAAGUGGAAAAAUAGAGAUUGAGAUAAAGAUUAACCACGAGGGGGAAGUGAACAGAGCCCGUUACAUGCCUCAGAAUCCUUGCAUCAUUGCCACCAAGACACCUACCAGUGACGUGCUGGUUUUUGAUUACACAAAGCAUCCCUCUAAACCAGAUCCAUCUGGAGAAUGCACCCCAGAUCUACGCCUGAGAGGUCACCAGAAGGAGGGUUAUGGCCUUUCAUGGAACCCAAACCUCAGUGGAUGUCUCCUCAGUGCUUCAGAUGAUCAUACUAUCUGCCUGUGGGACAUCAGCACUGUGCCUAAGGAGGGAAAGAUUGUGGAUGCCAAAACUAUCUUCACAGGCCACACUGCUGUGGUGGAGGAUGUUUCCUGGCACCUGCUCCACGAGUCCCUCUUUGGAUCCGUGGCAGAUGACCAGAAACUCAUGAUCUGGGACACACGAUCCAACAACACCUCCAAGCCCAGCCAUGCAGUGGAUGCCCACACAGCUGAAGUCAACUGCCUGUCCUUCAAUCCUUACAGCGAGUUCAUCCUGGCGACAGGCUCAGCAGAUAAGACCGUGGCUCUUUGGGAUCUGAGGAACCUGAAGUUGAAGCUGCACUCCUUUGAAUCACACAAAGACGAGAUCUUCCAGGUUCAGUGGUCUCCUCAUAACGAAACCAUCCUGGCCUCCAGUGGCACAGACAGAAGGCUCAACGUCUGGGACCUCAGCAAGAUCGGAGAGGAGCAGUCGCCAGAGGAUGCUGAGGAUGGCCCUCCUGAGUUGCUGUUCAUCCACGGCGGACACACAGCUAAGAUCUCAGAUUUCUCUUGGAACCCCAACGAGCCAUGGGUCAUCUGCUCUGUAUCAGAGGACAACAUCAUGCAAGUUUGGCAGAUGGCUGAAAAUAUCUACAACGACGAGGACCCAGAAGGUGCUGCAGAUUCAGAGGUCCAGGCAUGAGUCCAGUCUUCACAUCUCUUCCUCUGACCUGCUUGUUAAAAAUAGAUCCAUUUUCCAGUAAUGUCUUUUUAAUAUACAUUUUUGGGCAGCAGUGUUUUUGUAGAAAAUAAAAGAAUGAAAUGCUGCGUUGUCAUCCUGUUGUGAAGUAUUUAAAAUAAAAUCUGUAACAUUCA